AAUAAAAUAAAUAUAAAAAAGUUAUAAGUGCAUGUAUUUUAAAAAUAUCUUCUUAUCAAUAUUUCAGUGGUCAUAGUCAACAAUACACAACUCAAAGAUCACCUACAAAAGUCCUUAACACACGUUAACGAAAUGCUAGCUGACAUCGAAAGCCAAAUAAAAAGCGAGAGAAAAAUGCUAUCACAGAUUGAUUACGACGUGAAUUACAGAGAUACACCUGGCUUCUUGGACUAUCAUGUUACUGACAUUUGGUGGCCAACGAAACCGCCCCCGCCAGGUCCAGAAACGAGCCCGCCUGUCACAAGGAGUAGCCCCAAAGGUGCUCUACGUUCAAAACAAAACCUAACAACAGUUAAUACUAACGCGAACGUGUCACAGAAAGUAUCGACAGAACUGGCGGUACGGGAUAUAGUCGCGCACUGGGCUUUCACCAUGGCAAGAACACCGGUAUUUGCGACAACCUCUCCGGUGUCUACAACUACUGGGAGAUUUUGGACGCCAACGAUUCCGACUACAACUACUAGCACAGUUGCCACAACUACAACUGUUUGGAGCACUAGGACACCGGCUCCUACUGAGCCGCCGUUUAGGGGAAGCUUUCCGCCUGGAGUACAGGCAAGCUGGCCCUUCGAAAAUGAUCCAACCACCACUCAAACGCCAUUUAUCCAAGACCUUGAAAAAGAAUUGCAAGAAAGUAACACCGGCUACUUCACUGUCGGGUUAAGGAGGUUUUUGAUUAUUGUAGCAGCUCAGAACCCUCUCAUUGUAACUUCUGUCUUAGACGCAAUGGAAGUGAAUUUUGGGCGAUUACUGGAUGGACACAAAUUGGACUCCUUCGGGAAACCCCUACAGGAUACCAUAGUAUCUCUGUUGGGAAUGAUGAAUCUUCUUCCUCCCGACUUGCUGCAACAGCAAGCGAAUGUAGGACAAUUCGUUUUGCAGAAACGAAGAGUUCUGGCGGAUCCCAAGGUCAACAAAUGCUUGGACAUAUAUGAUGCUAUGUUCAUACAGGAAGAGGGGCAAGCCCUGUUUGGAUUAUUAGAACAAUUUGCCAAGUUCCCGGAGGGCAAUCUGAACGUAACCGACUUAAGCCGAGAAAUACUAAAUGCUUUUUUGGCACCAUGUCUAAGGACUACAGGCACACGGGAACACAAGCGGUUCUUAUCUAGUUUAUACGAGGCUAUAGAAUCUCAAUAUCCAAAUUGGAGAACACAAAAAGCCGGAGAGCAUAACGAAACUUCAUCAGCGAUUGGACAUCAAAUUGAUGUGAUAAUGGGUGUCCCAUCAAAUAACUCUACGGGAGAUCCUCUGUCCGGCCUUCCAUCAAGACGUCGUAUGGGACAUGAUUUCAAGAAAGCCAUGCAUCAUUUCUUAACAAAGCAUCGCAAAUUAAUAAAGCGCUUGAACAAACAUCAUAAACAUGGCAAGCGAAAGAAGCACCACCACUGGCGGCACAAGAGCCACCACUCAUCUCAUAAGAAACAUAAGAAGGAAAAAAAAGAACAGCACGAUAAAGAUCAUUCACGAAAUUCACGCAUUCCAUUUGAACAACACAGCGCACACGAUGAUCACAUUCAGCACAACCAGUUUGCGGAGCGCUUGUUUUACGAGAAGUUCAAAAAGCCUCUUAAGAAAUCCGGUCGGGAAAGUCCAGCUUUAAGGGCUGAAGAAGAAGAAAAAGCUGACACAAGCGGUAGUGAAGCAUUUUUUAAAGCGAGUAACAAUAAAAAGCAAACAAAUCAGGUCUCACAAACAUUACUUAAGCCACAGCUACUGGAGAACAUUGAUAAACAGUAUUUAAUGAAACUAGCGCAGAAGUUUAAGGCGAAAUUAGAAAGUGGUAAUUACAGAAGAUUGAUGGUAGUAUCUUCGGAGAAUAAAUCAGAUGCAGCAGCGAAACGUGCUGCGAAUAAUACAAUUGUUCACAAGAUACGAGAGGCCUCAAGCUACAGUGACGAGGAAUACAACUUGAAAACUAACUUGUACGAUGCGUUGAGGCAUGGCAACAGGUCAUUCGUACACUUCCGCAACAUGAGUAAUCCAGGAUCUAGUGAUGAAGAGAAGAUUAUAAAGAGGAAUUUGUAUAAAAAUUUACUGUAAAUGAUUUAUAAUUUAGUUUUUUUUUUAGCCCCUAUUAUAUGUAUAAUUAUUUACUGAUGUUUGAAGUUAUUUCUACCCCAAUUUCGAGUGUGAUUGUUACCUGUAUCUUUGUCUGUUAUCAAACCUUAAGUUUUGUUCUUGUUUGAUUUGCCUUGACGAAUAGUGUCAUAAAGAGUAGGACCACGGCGGCUAAUGUAGAGGACGGAUACCGG